AUGGCUUCUGCCGAUACUAACGAGCGGAGUGCCCUAUUGAACAGUUCAAGUCCCAGGGCGAGCAGUUUUUCAUCAUGCGACAACCAAAGCUCCACCUGGGCCACAGACACAGAUUCCAGCCCAAACCUGAAUCCGGAUCAACGUCCAGAUGAAGAGCCUCAGCAGAAUAGAGGGCGUGCCGAAAUCAUCGAGCCUUCCAAUGGACGCCUUGCUUUGGUUCUGGGCAGUAUAUGGGUCGGUGUCGUUUUGACAGCCCUUGAUUCCACCAUUGUUGCCACCCUGUUGGCCCCCAUCUCGAACUCUUUCUCGUCUCUCAAGACUCUGUCGUGGCUAGGAGCCUCCUAUCUGAUUGCAGGUGCUGCAACCCAGCCUCUGAGUGGCCGUCUUACAGACAUCUUCGGUAGGAGGGCAGGCUUGAUUGUGUGCAAUAUCGCAUUUGGUAUCGGGACUGUACUUUGUGGCAUUGCAACUACGGAAUGGCUCGUCAUAUUAGGUCGUGCAAUUGCUGGAUCUGGGGGAAUGGCAAUGGUGGCAAUAUCAACAUUCGUUGGCUCCGAUCUGGUACCUCUGAGGAAGCGUGGGGUCGUCCAAGGCCUCAAUAAUGUUGCUAUGGGAUGCGGUGCAGGCUUGGGAGGGCUUCUUGGAGGCUGGCUUGAUAGUGUAUGGGGCUGGAGAUUCGCCUUCCUCGUUCAGGUACCGUUCAUAGCCAUCGGCACCAUCCUCGUACUCUUCACCGUUCGAGUACCGGUCAAGCUCAGUAACAAGUCAGCCCUCCAGCGAAUCGAUUACCUUGGCUCGUUGACCCUCACAGCCGGUCUGGUCCUCUUACUAUUAGGCCUGAAUGCUGGGGGCAAUAUUAUACCUUGGAGCCAUCCUCUUGUGCGCAUCACGCUGCCUCUCUCUGUGAUUUUUCUCGCCGUCUUCGUGUAUGUCGAGAUCCAUAUUGCUUCGGAACCUAUCAUCCCUAUGGGUCUUCUACUGAACCUUACGGUCGCUUCUGCAUGUGCUACGUACGAAUUUGCCUAUAUGGCUCAGUACGGGAUAAUGUUCUUCACGCCGCUGUACCUGCAAUUACUUGGCAGCUCUCCCACUCAAGCAGGCCUUCGAUUCAUCCCUCAGAGUGCAGGUACAGCGAUCGGAGCCCUCUGCACUGGAAUCAUCAUACGAGCUACUGGAAAUUAUCGGUGGCUCAACAUGGGCACCCAGACUGCUCUUAUUAUCUCUACUGGUUUGCUUGCAACGAUGGAUCAAAACACUCCUGCAUGGUGUCCGUUCCUAUACCUAGGUCUAUACGGACUAGGAUUUGGUAGCAUGCUGGUGGUCGCCCUUAUUGCUCUCAUCAGCUCAGUAGAUCAUCAACAUCAAGCUGUGGUUACGUCGGCAUCUUUCGCUUUUCGCUCAACAGGAUCUGCUAUUGGAUUGACCCUUUGCUCUGUCGUCUUCCAAAAUAUGCUCAGAGUUGGCCUUACGAGUCGACUUGUCCACAUCCCAGGGGCCGAGCAGAUCAUUGAAAGAAUUAGGGGGAGUUUUGACGAGAUUUGGCUUGUUGAUCCCGCUGUUCAGCCUGCCGUGAAAGAGAGCUACAUGGCCGCGCUCAACGGCGUCUUCCUACUCAUUUUUGCACUGACAAUAGUAUCGGCUGCUUUCAGUUUUUCGAUGCGGCAGAACGUUCUUCACACAAAUCUUGGUCGGAGGUAA